AGGAGAAGUUGGGUGGAGCAUAACCUCAUCUGACCCCCAGAAGGGAUAGCACAAACCACUCACAAGUAAUGGCCUCCAGAUACUCGAGGCUCGAGGACGACCUGUCCUGCCCCCUCUGUGGAGAGAUCUUCCAGCAGCCCGUGGUCCUGGUGUGCAGGCACCGCUUCUGUAAAUCCUGCUUGGAAGGUGCCUGGGACGGGGACGAGGAGAACUGCGCCUGCCCCUUGUGUUGCCUUCCGUCCUCCAUGGACCAGCUGGUUGUGAACGCCAUGCUGCAGAGGACCUGCGAGUCUUUCAUCCUGGAGCGGAAGAAGGGCGAUCCUCGGGCAUGCCAGGAGCAUGGAAGUACGCUGACCCUCUUUUGCUUGGAGGAACUGCUGCCCGCUUGCGAGGUCUGCAAGUCGGUGCCCCGCCACGCGGGUCACAGGUUGUACUCUUUAGGUGAAGCUGCGGACGACUGUAAGGAGGAGCUUAAGACUGCCCUGAAACCACUCAAAGAGAAGCUGAAGCUCUACACAAAAGCCAAACAGUCUGCUGAUGAAGUGGCAGAGCAUAUAAAGGCCCAAGCUGAGCACACUGAGAAACAAAUUAGGGAAGAGUUUGAGUCAAUUUACAACUUCCUGCGGGAGGAAGAAGCUGACAGGAUUAAGCUCCUGAAAGAGGAGGAGAAGACGAAGAGCCAAAUCGUAAACGACCGCAUCACAGACAUAUCCACUGAACUGGCCUGCAUUGCAAACACCAUCAGAACAGCCGAGCAGGAGAUGAGAUCAGAGGAUAUACCAUUUUUAAAGAAUUAUAAAGACACCAUUAAAAGAACCUGGCGUGAACCAUUGUGUCCAGAGGUGCUCUCAGGAUGCCUUAUUGAUGUUGCAAAGCACUUAGGCUCUUUGAAGUUCAAAGUCUGGGAGAAAAUGAAGACUAUUGUCAAAUUCACUCCCGUAACCCUGGACCCCAACACGGCAGCCCACUGUUUCCUUCUGUCCAAAGACCUGACCACGGUGCAGUGCCUCACGCAGACCUUCAAGCUCCCCGACAACCCCGAGCGCUUUGACGUCAGCGCCGAGAUGCUGGGCUCCGAGGGCUACCGCUCCGGCCGGCACACCUGGGACGUGGAUGUCAAGGGCAACACCUACUGGGUGAUCGGGGUGGCCAGCGAGUCCAUCAACCGCAAGGGCAAGCACGUGCUGACGCCUUCAGAGGGCUUUUGGACCAUUCGCUUUCGCAACGGCGAGUACAAGGCUUGCUCGGCUCCGUGGUCGCCACUGACGAUGAGCAAGGACCCGCUGGCCAUCCGGGUCAUGCUGGACAUGGACAGGUCAAAGGUGACAUUCUACGACCCACGGGAGAGGACGCCCCUCUACUCGUUCACUGACAUCAUCAGCCCGAGGGUGUACCCUUACUUCUGUUCGGCGUGCAAGGAUCACCCCCUGAGGGUUAUGCCCGUCAGGCUGUCUGUGACAGUGGACCGCUAGACGCUGUCCACAGAAUCUCCUAUAUGCAUCUCUCAUGCAACCUCUUCUGAUCAUUAGAGUCACAAUCAGAAUCAGAAUCAGCUUUAUUGGCCAGAUUUGCUUAAACAAAUUAUUUGACUCUUUGCUCUCAAAGUACAACAUUUAACAAAUAACAUAAAAAUGUAUACAGUAUGUACAUUUGCAAAUAUAUAGACACUAUGGGACACUAUGGGUUAGUCAGGUCAAGUGAAAUCAAGUCACUUCUCAUUUAUGUAGCACCUACUCCCCACUAUGGGACUUGAAUUUCCCCUUGGGGAUCAAUACAGUAUCUAUCUUUCUAUCUAUCUAUCUAGACACUAUGGGUUAGUCAGGUCAAGUCAAAUCAAGUCAAAUCAAGUCACUUCUCAUUUAUGUAGCACUUACUCCAAAGUGCUUUCCCUGUGGAGGCAAGUAUGGAAUUGACAAUGGAAAUAUACCUGUGAAGAAGGCAGAAUAAUGUCCUGAGCAAUAAUUCACCAAACAUGCUAAUUUCGACUCACCAGUUAUUAUGGGCUAUCCUGCCAUUUACGAUGUAUGUGUAUAAGGUAGGCCAGGUCAUGUGGAAUACAUGUAUAUUCCAUAAUUUGGAUUUUUGAGUGGUUGGUUAUUAGAGAGUAGAGAAAGUUAGAUAUUCAGUAUAAUUCAGGGUUAAUACCACAAAUCCAACUUUAUUCUCAUUACCUGGGAAGUAUGAGAGUUCAUUCAGAAUGUAUAAUAACAGACGAUUAACGGAUUUUAUUAUGCAUGUAACCACUCAUCUGGAAAAAAAAAACAUUUUGUUUUUGUUUUCAAAUGCAUUUGUAUGCAUGGACACUGAGUACUGAAGACUAUUUUUGUUUGUCAGUUUGCAGUAUAUUUAUUUUCGCUGAUUGCCUGCUAUUAGGUGACUGGGUUUCAUUAACACAGAGUUGAAAGAGCAUUCUGAUUUCAUUGUUAGGUGUGUGUUGUACGUUAGUGAUUCAUUUACAGUUAGUUUAGAGUUCUUGUUAUCCAUUCAGUCUUAAAUCUUCAACUGUUUCCCUAAACUCAUUCCCACUACCUGUCAGAUUCUGCCUGUAACUUGUCCUUUAGGCCUUUCACACUCUGAGGUUAAGUGUCAAGGUCAUUCAAGCCUGUAGUCUAAUAGUAAUAAAACUAAGUACAAAAACAUCAAAGCCCAGAGCUACUUCACCCAAAGGAUACACAGGAUGAGUGUCUUGAUGAAACUGUUUACUGAGCGAAAACUCUCGGUCUUACUUUGCUCGCCAGGCAGCUACUGCACUACACUGGGGGCAUGUCCAUGAGCCCCUAUGUUCAUGCCCCCAGAGUGUAGUGCUGUAGCUGCCUGGCUGCUUUAGCCGUUGAAACGGGCAACUGGAGCU